UGCGACCUCGGCACACACGGAGGGCCGUCGUCGCUCUUGCUUCUGCUCAUUCGGCAAGCACACGCCUUCCAACGCUCACUAGCUCUGUCAUACAGGAUAACUCUUAGACUUGUGGUAAGCAGGAUAACUACAGUCACUUGGAGCUUAGCCAGACUCAUUCGCGAUGUGGUGGGAAUGGACGUCUGUGUUUGUGUUUUUCGCGUUGAGCGUGCCCCGGCUUGAAGCGACGACGCCUGGCUCGAUAACGUGCAAGGACCAAUCGGGAAGGAAUGUCGACUGGUUCGUCAUGUACAAGCUUCCCAAGAUGCAGGCGUCCAGGGAGAACUUCCUGACGCCCAAGGGCGGUGAGUUUGUGUACGUCGACUCUAACACGCCCAAGACAGCGCAGACGUGGGCGCUGUCAAACCAAGAUGUCUUCGACGAGGACAACCCUGUCGCGUACACGCUCAACCCUCUUCUACGCCCGCCGCAGGACAUCCUGUACGUAGUGUACAACGACCAGACGCCUCCAGGUUACAAUGGAACUAGGAACGGCCACUGCAAAGGCGUGGUGCUUUUCGACAGUGGAACGGGUGUGUGGCUGCUACACAGCGUUCCUCGGUUCAUGGAAAGCAUCGGCAACGGCCGCUAUAGUUUUCCCGAGAGCGGCCGAGAGAACGCGCAGCUGCUCAUGUGCGUUACCUUCCGGUCUUCCGAGAUGGACGCAAUAGGGAAGCACCUGCGCAUGGAGUACGCCAACGUGUACGCCAGCGCGAGCCCACGGAACCUUCUGGACAGACACCCGCAAAUGGGGUUGCUCUUCAAGGAGAGCUUCAUUCGUGGCCGCGGGCAGGACCUGCUCGUGCAGAACAUGACGACUUCCGGUGGCCGCCGUUUCCUCAGCGUCGCCAAGAGGUCCAUACUCGAACAAGACAUCUACUCGGGCAUUCUAACUGGCCUGGUACGCGACGACCUAGUCGUUCAGUCCUGGAGGAAUGGCGCCGGUGACAAGCUGCCGGCGAACUGCAGUCGCUCCUACACGGUAACACAUUCGGACCUGGUGAAGCUGUCGCUGCCUGAUCGGCGAUCGAUUACAUUUAAGACCGAGGAGGACCACAGCAAAUGGGCCGUGGCCGUGGAUAGACCUGUCUUCUGCAUUGGCUCGAUGAACCGCAUGGAGUCUCAGCUGAGGCGCGGAGGAGAAGCAGUGUGCGUUGAUGACAGCCUUCUUGCGAAGUUGUUCCGGAAAAGUGCCAUCGUGAACACCGGCUGCUCACUGAACGGAGGGCGCCAGACAAGCGCCUCGACCCCGACUCCUCCCUCGGGGACAAGACGAUCGCGCAGUGCCCAGCCACGGAAACGUACGACCCGCACCUCGACCACCACCACAAGCGGCACAACGAAGCCAAGCUUGCGCCAAUUCCUUAUGGACGUCGCCAUAUCGACGUUGUCGCAGCUGACUAAUCCCCAAGAACGCAAGCCAGCCUCCAGGAGGUCGCGUAAACCGAGCACGACGACGGAGCUUCCGUUGAUGGUUCAGUUCCGUAACCUUUUGAAGUCUUAGGACUGUGACUUCAUACAGCACAAACUUUACCGACAGCGAGUCAAAGAGACCAGUAUCAAAGCCAAGCUUUCGUUGCGAACUCCACUGGGUUUGCAUAUACGUGACCGCUGCUAUUGUCGGGCAGGUCACAUUUACAAAUAAAAUUUGACUUGACUGCCC